CUUGCGGUCAGUUUGCGUGCAGGUCGUUGCGCGUCGGAGUCGUCGCUCAGCUCUCAGUAGGAUUAAAGUGACUUAAGUGUGGAAGCGCGCGCACAUACACCGGCUAAUUAUAGAAAAGGCGAAAUUGUCGGCGAAAAUAACCAAGAGUGCACCCUGGGUGCGAACACAACCGAACUGUUUUAGUGCAACGACGUGAAAUUUCGCCUUCAUGAAAAUGGUGGUAAACGAAAUUAAUUUGCUACCGCACAACAUGCGUCAAAUGUUUCAUAAGCGAAAGAUAAAGGCUGACAACUUGGACCAUCAGCAGCUACCAGUCAGCCACGUUCAGCACUCCGCACCCGUGGAAAUGGGAAAGUACAAUUUGAAGAAUAUACAAGAUAAUCGAACACAAAUUAUGUCGUCCAGAUCCUCUGAGUACCAAACGAACUCGCAGCGCAGCCACACCGUCAACAAGACGCAAAGUAUGAAGAUGCACCUGAAUGACUUCAAAAACAAUAUAUCUGAAAUGGAAAAUAUCUUUCGCAAAAGCUCCGAACGCCUGGACAACAGUGACUUGGAUAGUCCUAGUGAUCCUGUUGUCACUUAUCCUGACGAUACCCCAGUGCCAUCCGAAAUCAGUACACCGACCAGUUCCCUCGAUCAUAUAAAAUACGAACAGAAGCGAUCGAACAAUAUAAGAACAACUAAAAUAGUGACCGAUAGUUAUAGUGAGCAAAAAGCUAGCAGUAAGUACGCUGAAAGCAAAUCUUUGCAAACUGGUGAAGUAAGCUAUGAAGAAAACGCCGAACGUGCAGCCUGCCAUGCGAAAUUAGAGAUGGAUGGUGUUUCGGCGGAAAAAUCACGGUUGAAGUCUAAGGAGGCCAGAUCAUUGAUAACCUCAGACGCCACGCAACAACAAAUGAAAAACAUGGCACAUUCGUCUGUUAAGAUCAAGACGGGCACAUUCAGCGCUGAGAAUACCAGCACUCAAGCCCAGAAAGAACGCCAAAUCAUGACCAGCAACGGAAGAUAUAAUGCCGUUCACACUUCAUCGUCUCAGUCUAAUAUUACUUACACCAGCAGCAGUCAAGGGAUUCACACUUCGUCUACGUCAUUACUUCAAACAACCAAUGAGGAACAGUACCCUUUCAUAACAGAUCUUGACGCAGAGCUUGUUAACAUUUCUCUUCAUGAUUUGGAUAAUCUCAUUAAUGCCACUCCUGAGGAAGUGGAUUCGGUUAUUCAAAAAUACGCCCAACAUAUUAGGCGGCUUAUUAAACAUCUCGGGGAAACACCACAUGCUCAUAAAAUCCUCAAUAAAAUUUUUGACAUAAUGAACAAAGCAUGGGCGAUACCUACACAUGGACAUGAAGUAGGAUCUUCUUUAUGUAAUGAACUUCGUGUUUGUGGUGGUCUCGACUUGUUGAUGGAAAACUGUAUGACUACAAAUAAUGAACUGCAAUUUGCUACUGCAAGACUUUUGGAACAAUGUUUAACCACGGAAAAUCGCGCUCAUGUUAUGGCUUCAGGGCUUGAUAAGGUGGUAAAUGUCGCGUGUAUUUGCACAAAUGCAAACAGCAUCGAGCAAUCUCGUGUCGGCACCGGUAUCUUGGAGCAUUUAUUUAAACAUAGCGAGGACACUUGCAGUAAGGUAGUUACUCUUGGCGGAUUGGAUGCUUUGUUAUUUGAGUGUCGUAAGAGUGAUGUGGAAACUUUAAGGCAUUGCGCAAGUGCACUAGCGAACUUAAGUUUGUAUGGUGGUGCUGAAAAUCAAGAAGCGAUGAUCAAGAAGAAGGUGCCAAUGUGGUUGUUUCCUCUCGCAUUCCACAACGACGACAAUAUUAAGUACUACGCAUGUUUGGCUAUUACCGUUUUGGUAGCUAACGCUGAAAUUGAGUCUCAGGUGCUAAAAUCAGGGACUUUAGGAUUGGUAGAACCAUUUGUCACUUCGCACAACCCUUCAGAGUUUGCAAAGAGUAAUUUAGCACACGCGCACGGACAAAGUAAGACUUGGUUGCAACAUUUGGUGCCUGUUUUAAGUUCCAAACGUGAAGAGGCUAGAAAUCUAGCCGCGUUUCAUUUCUGUAUGGAGGCCGGUAUCAAAAAGCAACAGGGUAAUACCAAUAUCUUUGCUGAAAUUGGUGCAGUGGAGCAGUUGAAGAAAGUCGCAAGUUGUCCAAAUGCCGUUGCUUCUAAAUAUGCUGCUAAAGCUUUACGCCUUGUUGGGGAGGAGGUACCUCACAAGUUGAGUCAACAGGUACCUCUUUGGUCAAUCGAAGAUGUGGAGGAAUGGGUGAAACAAAUUGGUUUUGGGGAAUACGCGCAAAGCUUUAUUGAUAGUCGUGUUGACGGAGAUUUACUUCUACAAUUAACGGAAGAAAACCUUAAAGAAGAUAUUGGUUUGACCAAUGGUAUCAAACGAAUUCGAUUCUUCCGCGAACUGCAAAUUCUAAAACGUUUAGCAGACUACAGCUCGAAGGACACAGCAAACAUCAACAGCUUCCUGCAAACAAUGGGUCCAGAAUUUAGCAUUUACACUUAUAAAAUGUUAAAUGCUGGAAUUGAAACGAAAGAAAGCCUGAUGCGUUUGCAGGAAGAUCAACUCCUGAACGAAUGUGGUAUUACCAAUUCAAUACAUCGCCAGAGAAUUAUAGAAAGUAUUCGGGCGAUGGAAAAUGGCCUCUCAAACUCGAAGGAUGACGAUUCUAAAAAGUCUUUGGAUAUUUUUAUCAGUUAUCGCAGAUCAAAUGGAUCUCAACUUGCUAGUCUACUCAAAGUGCACUUACAAUUACGCGGCUUUAGUGUAUUCAUCGACGUUGAACGAUUGGAGGCUGGCAAAUUCGACAACAAUUUACUUCAAUCAAUUCAGAAAGCUAAACAUUUUCUGUUAGUGUUAACACCGAACGCUUUGGACCGAUGUCGGGGAGAUGAGGAAAAGAAAGACUGGGUGCAUAAAGAAAUUUGCGCAGCACUGAAAGCAGAAUGCAAUAUCAUCCCAAUUGUGGACAAUUUCCUCUUCCCCGAAACUGAAGAACUUCCCGAAGAUAUGCGACCAGUAUGCCAUUUCAACGCUAUUAAAUGGAUUCAUGAUUACCAAGAUGCUUGCGUGGAUAAACUUGAACGAUUCAUGCGAGGAGAAGUGAAUCCCAAGUCGGAGACCUUCACCCGAAUUCCGGGGACACCAUCAAACGCAAUGAGGCAGCAACCUACUUAUCAAAGAAUGCACAGUAACGACUCCGGCAGUGGCAAAAGCUCUGAUAAAGAUAUUGUAUGAGAGUGCCAUUGGUCUGCCAAUCUCUUCUAAACGUUGUUCUGAAUUAUUCAUGUAGUUAACUCGUAGACAAGUAAUUUAUGUUUUGGCAUUGGUAACGUUUAUGCUUACCGAUGUUAAGUUAAUCCCUAAACUUUAAACAAACAACUCAGCUAAUCAUGGAAAGUCAUCCGUCCUGGCCCAACAAAUGCGGAGCAACAAAAUGAGUAACUAAUAUUCGCGAACAUCGCUUAGGUAAUGUGAUAUGUAACUUACUUAGAUACCUAAUAGUCAGUGAACAUUAAUCAGUAAUAUGAAUACAAAAUUAUUAUUUAAAUUUAUAGAUAUUAUUACUAUUAAUUCUAAUACUAAAACGCUAAAAAUACGUCCACAACAAUAAUUAGAUCUCUAAUAUGAAGUUGUAAUUGUAAUACAAUAUCAAUCAUAUUUUAUGUGCUUGUAUUAAAAUGUGCUUUAAAAGCAAUUUUUGUAUGUAAAUUCAAGAUGUGCCUGAGAUGAUGAUUGGCGCAUAUAAUAUAGUUGUAUUUUUAAUCUGUACCAUAUUGUGAUUGCAAACUGUUUGUGCUUUUAACAUAGUAUACAUACAAUAUAUUUAUUUUAAAUGUA